CGUCCUGACUCUUCUCCUUGGCCAGCUUACACUUUUUACAGUCAUACAGAGACAGUAACGGUCCCAGUAGGUUGUAAGUUUUGUCUUCCUUCGAUCAUUUAGUCAGAUCUUGUUAGUUAGUUGUCGCUGUCUUGCGCAUUUUCAGCAUAGGAAGGUUGCAGCUUUUCUGCUCGGUUCAAGUAGACGGAGAAUUAUUAUUUUUAUUGGGCCGACGACGAUUUGAAGCAGUUCAGAUCAUGGCGUCGGCAAACUCCAGCUGCGACUGGUCGGCCGGUCUAACGGACCCUGUCAACCUGAUACCCACGUCCGUACUAGUGCUGUGCGUAGCGAUUAGCGGACUGCCGCGGAACUGGACGGCGGCUUGGGCCCUGUUCAACGCCGUAAUGAUCCACGCCUUUCUGGAUGGUGUUGUAGGCGGGAUGCUACGUGGACCAGACUGUUUAGUGAAAGGAUACAUGUACAUUGAUGAUCGGUUCACCAAUGGGGACGGUACCAUUGGCUGUCUGUGCUGGCUGGAGCUGUACAUGUACACGCCGUUAGCUAUGAUCUGGUAUCACUCGGAGAACACCAAGGCAUGGCAUCGCGAGUUCUUCGGCAUCGUACUCUCAGUCAUCUAUCUGAUGGGAAACUUGUUCUACAUUUUCGCCGAAGCCUACCUAGGAUUUCCGGACGUGCCAUUGGACUGGCCGCCCAAAUUUGACACGUACGAUAAGAUCGUCAAGUUCUGGGGAAUCUACCUGGGUGCUAACUCCAUCUGGGUGUUCAUACCCCUGAUAAUUAUCUACCGAGGCUGGGUUAAUAUCGGCGCAGCGUUCAAACAGGCCAACGGUGCCAGAAUAAAGAGCGACUAAGCACCGAGAUAGGGGAAAAUACUACUUCGAAGUAGAUACCAGAUAGAUGUUUCAUUUUAACUUUAGUUAGGACUCUAGGACCAGAAAACAUGCAUGCGUGUGUUCUAGGAUUCUUCUCGAGCAUGACCCCCCCCCCCCCCAUAUGCUGUUCUGCAUACUGCGAGCAUGCAAGCAGCGAGCGCACCACGAGCACGUGUAUGGCAGGCGUUGCCUCGUGAUGUGUGUGUGUGUGUGUGUGUGUGUUUGUGUGUUGCGAGUGCAUGCAUGCAUGCAUGACUGCAGUGCUCCGUAUUCGUGCACGGCCGUUGGUCGAGCAUGCCUAACUCGAGUCGGCGUUCUGCCAGUGCAAUCCCUUUUCUACUCUAGUAUUUAUCCCAGCUUGUUGAGUCAUGACCGCACUUGGUUACACACAGAUCUUGGCAAUCAGAAUUCUCUAUGGUGGAGUCCGUGUGAUGCUGCCCAUAUAUGCUACUCUUUCUAUCAUACUAACUAACUUGCUCAGAUCUCAUGA